CGCGCGGCGAGAAAAAAUCAAUUUGGUUUGGACAAGGAAGUGAGCAAAUGAUAUCUUUUGUCUGUUUACAAAAAUAUUGAGUUUACCCGAAACAUAUAAUAAUGACGAUCGGAAAUUAAUAACAGAGAGAAAGUAGUCGUUUAAUUGCCGUUCUUACUGUUGCUUGUUCUGGGCAAUGUUUUAAAUUCCAAAGGUAGGUUUUUGUGAAUACGCUUUGCUGUUUUAUUAAUACCGAUUUCAGUACCGACAUACCGCAUAUUGAUAUUUAUAUUGGUACAAGAGUAUGUUUUAUAAACCAUUUUAAACGAAUGAAAAAUAGUAUGAAAAUGAAAUGGACGAAAUUAAGUAUUAACAUAGUAUCAAACUUUAUAUGAAUGUCGCAAUUAUUACCGAAAAUUAUUCCAUUUAGGUUUUUAAAUCAAUUGUGCAUAUUUUGUAUUUAGUUACUUUGUGUUUUGUGUUGUUUUGCCAACAACAAAUUGAGAAUGAUUCUGAAGUGAAAGUACGAAGAUGUUAUCGAUAAAUAUGGCUAAAUUAUAAAGUAUUUAAUAGUAAGAAAUAUGACAUACAAAAUUAAUUUAAUACAUAUUUUAUUUUCUUACUAAAUAAUUUGUUCAAAUUGUUGCCUCGCUGUUAUGGCAAUUAGCAGCUGGAAGCAAAUAUUGGAUUUAGGUUGGGUCCGUAUUAUUUGAUACAUAUAAGACGACAGUUCAUCAGUUUUACACAAGUUUAGAUGUGGUUUCCUAAACUAGACACUGUUCCUGGGGCCAGUUGUUCAAGUAUCAAUGCCAGAUAGUGCUAUCCUUCUAAAAUAUUUGACUGUUGAAUAGUGUAAUCAUGAUUAAGUUUUAUUCGAGAUUAUAAAUUAAGCAAUCGAACACCAGCGCUCUUUCCUUGAUGAGUAAAAUUGUCUGGCAUUAGACAGAGUAAAAUCAUAAAUUAGAGUACAUUAGGUUGCAAUACUUGAUGUGUUAACUAAACACAUGGACAGACAGUUUGAUCAACCAUUGAGCACGGCCAACACUUUUCCCCUUGACGAAUAAAAUUGUCUGGCAUUAGACAGAGUAAAAUAAUAAAGUGGGAUGCAAAGCAACUUAAUGGGUUAUUAGAAUUUUUGUAUAUUUAAUGUGAGGUCCAUAUGGGUCACAGCUUUUUAGACAUUUUUACAUUUUUAGACAUUGGCAAGCAAGAAAACUCAACCACAUUUCCCAAUUAUAUUUAUUCUGAGCACUAAACAACCAAUGGGGAAAACCACUUUUGUAUGAGUGUUGCCACAUGAACCAAGCCAACCAAGUGCAGCACAUCAGAGCCACCAAGAGGGGGGGGGGGGGAGGAGGCCAUUUAGCUUCGGGCCCCCAGAUCAAAAGGGGCCCAUAAAGCAACAAAUCCCUUACAGUGUUCCAUUGCUGGUGUUCCAUUGCCGGCAACAUUGCAAUAUUGUCACACAAUAUGGCAAUGUUGAUCGGCUGAUUGCUCUAGCAAAUUGCAACAGACGCAAACAAAUUGCAAAUUUUACAUGUUGACAAUUUGUCAAGAGGUUUGCACCCAAAUGUCAGAUGCCAAGCAUUUGAUUGGCUUGUUUUGUACUAGUAGCCAAUCUACCCUGCGUGCAAAGUCCUCUCGUAUUUCUUCUCGGCAUGGCACGGAGAAGCGAGAGAGACUCUGCAGAACUUGUGUAUAAAUUAAUUUGAGCAUGCACUAAGGUUGCUAAGCAGUUGCUUAGCAACUUAGCAACAACAGUUGCUUAGCCUAUUUCCCAGAAGAAGAUUUAAUAAGUAGUUUCCAGUUUGGAUCAAAACCGGUUAUAAAACCGGUAUCAACCUGAAAUUAUGCAUAAUUAUCCAAAUUUUUGGAUUGUCUGCUCCACAAAGAACAUACACAAGUUCUGCAGAGUCUCUCUUGCUUCUCCAUGCCAUGCCGAGAAGAAAUACGAGAGGACUUUGCUCGCAGGGUAUAGCCAAUCAGGCUUUAUUUACAAAUUGCUUCCGAAUCAUAUUAUAAUAAUUUAAACUUUUGAAUUUAAUUAAUAAUUUAAUAUUAUGAACUUUUGAAUUUUGCAGUUGACAGUUUAAUACUGUUGCUCUGCAUAAAAAUUGCAAUUUGUUCUCGUCAGCUGAUCAAUAUUGCAAUAUUGUGUGACAAUAUUGCCCGCAACAGAACACUGGAUUUCACUGUAAUACAAGAGUGCUUAACCGAGAAUAUAAAUCCUAGAUGCAUCAGUGCCAGAUAAUAUGCAAUAAAGUGCAAUAUAUUGUAAAACACUGUUUCUUCUGUUUUACAAUUAUGACAUAGUACUGGGGCCGCAGGGAAAGUUUUACCCGGGUCUAGUAUCAUAUGGCAUAACUGGGAUGCAAAUCAACUCACAGCAUUCUCUCAAAUGUUGAACGAAUUAUGGGUCUAUAAUUCAACAUUUUAAAAAAGCGUAUAUUGGUCAUUAAUUAACAUACUCCAGUGCUUGCGAAAAUGUUUUUAAUUUUGAUCCCAUGGCCAAGUAGACAUACAUUGCAAUGUUGACCAUGUUUCGGUGUCUUCGGUAUACAUCACAAUGUUCACUGUUUUUCCUGGUUCACACAUAUUACUGUAAGUGCUAUUUUCCCUUCUCUAAAAUCAAUUCAUACAAUGAAAUUUCUUUAUAUAGAAGCACGUUCCCCAGUAAUGGAUGACCCAGUGCGACAAACAUAUUUUUAUGGCAGAAUAUCUCGAGAAGAAGCCGAGAGACAUUUGACGGACAACGGAGUUGAAAAUGGCAAGUUCUUGUUACGCAAACGUCCAACGGAGUCACAGAGCUUUGCCCUUUCCUUGUGCCAUAGACGCGGCUUUAUCCACUAUCAUAUUCAGCAUCACCCAGAUGGAAAAUACGGAAUUGAAGAUGGUCCACGUUUUGCGAGCCCUGUUGAGCUCAUUGAUUACCAUCGUGCUAACCAAGGAGGCCUUCUCACCACUUUAACCAAACCUUGUAACCGCCCGAUCGGACUUGAACCCAAGGUGUACACAAAUGUUAACUACAGCGAGGUGGAAGCUGCCACGACUGCCGCCAUGAGUCAACUUGGUAUCGGUGAUCGCACAUCUCUUGGUAAAAAUCACGUGCCUUUUGAGAAAAUGUUAGGCAUGUUACUCCACGCCAAGCAAUCAUGGUUUCACGGCGUUAUCUCCCGAGAUGAAGCAGAAUCGCGUCUUAGGAAAUCUGGCUGCAAAAACGGACAGUUUUUGGUCCGGGAACGUGAGAAAACCAAAGGGACGUUUGCAAUUGGUCUGUGUCACGAUGGUAGCGUGUACCAUUAUCUUCUCAAUGCCGACAACGCAGGAAAACUCUCGAUUCCAUCUGGUCCAAAGUUUUUAAAUCUGAUGGAGUGUGUCGAGUAUUAUCUCAAUCGAUCCGACGGCCUCGUUUGCAAGCUUGGAAAACCAUGUCAAAUAACCCAGAAACGGUGCUUGCCUAUACCUCCAGGUGUUGCUGGGACGAGCGCACCGCGAACUGACGCCAUUUAUGAUACCGUUGCCAUAAAAAAGUCUCCUGUUUACCUCAAUGCAUUUAAGGAUAUCAAAGCUCUUGAUUUCAGCAGGUUGUCUUUACAGAACAAACUUGGCCAGGGAAAUUUCGGUUCUGUCUUGAAAGGAGUGUACGCUCUUACAAAUGGGAAGAAAAUUGAAGUCGCUGUGAAACAGCUCAAGACUGACGCCGCGGCCCAGAAGUCGGAAAUCGAACACGAAGCGCGAAUUAUGUUAAAAUUGGAUCAUCCGUAUAUAGUUCGAAUGAUUGGUAUGAUCCAUGAAGCAACCAUGAUGUUGGUAAUGGAAUUAGCAAUCAAUGGUCCGCUCCAUAAGUAUCUCCGUAAACACAAGGAGGUAACGGUCCGUCAGAUCCUCGUCAUGCUGCUGCAAGUUUCCGAAGGUAUGGAGUACCUUGAUAGCAAGCAUUUCGUACAUCGAGAUCUAGCGGCUCGGAAUGUGCUUGUCGUCGAUGUAAAUUUUGUCAAGAUCAGUGAUUUCGGGAUGUCUCGUGCGAUGGGUGUGGGGAACAACUAUUAUCGUGCAGAGGCCGCAGGAAAGUGGCCGUUAAAGUGGUAUGCUCCGGAGUGCAUCUACUACUACAAGUUCACGACAAAAAGCGAUGUGUGGUCAUACGGGAUCACCGUAUGGGAGGCGCUUACUUAUGGAGGCAAACCGUACGACGGCUUACAUGGUCAAGAAGUGAUUCAGUAUUUGGAGAGCGAGGAGAGAUUGUCAUGUCCUGCGCAAUGCCCAGAGAGUGUCUACAGCCUCAUACGUGCAUGUUGGGAGUGGCAGCCGGAAAGACGACCCGAGUUUUCACUGGUGAAGGAAACUUUAUCCGAUAUUAUUUUACACUUAAUUUGAUAUUGAAACUAUAACAUAGUCUGGUUUACAUGUGUGACUAUAGGCACAAGCAUAUCAAGCGAAAGGCAAAACAAAUAAAGUGAAGCAUGCGUAUAACAUGCGGCGCCAAAACGAAACGCUGAACGAAACGCUUUGUCUUUGCAAGCGUCGGAGGUUUCUAUUGUUUCCUGCUUAUGCUUAUCUAACUCGCGUGAACCAGGCUUCAGAUGGAGACAUAAAUCAAAACACUCAACUGUUUCAAUCUUAUGGCAUUAAAGCAAUGUACUAUUGCCGUGUUCCGUAAAUAAUUGAACGAAUUAUAUAAUUCUUAACGUCUUUUCGAAGCACGUAGACGAAAAUAUACAAGACGUUACCCUCCAAUUCUUUUCUUCAAGACAAUCAACACUAAUAUAACCUAAUUCAUAUAAGCUUACACAUAUGAAGCUAAUUUUUAUUGCAAAACUGCAGUGGACGUCUUACAAUUUUAAUGCAUGGAACUUUCCUUUUGCAAGCUUUUAAGUAUAAGCAAAAAAUUCUCGAAUUAAUACGAGUGUUUGCAUGAUAACACUAAAGUUUUGAGAAAAUAAAUAUUUUAAUUAGUUUUCCUACCAUUCAAAUUCAAUUUUUUGUAUAUACCGUAUAGUAAUUUUUAAUGUAUGCUUAAUAUUAAAAUUCCAAGCAAUCUUUUCAUUUAAUUAGUUUGUUUUUUUGUUCGACUGAUCAGCGCCCCUUUUAUUAUGUGUAUACACUAUUUCGGUCUCAUUUUCUGCAAUGUCUACCAACCCACCCUGAUCUGCUUUCUCAUCAUUUUCUGUCUCUGCAGAUUGAGUCUGUAUUAUCUCUUCUUAAUAUGGGUCCAUAAUAUCUCAUUCUUGCUGCCCUCAUCUUCACUUGCUGCCCUCAUCUUCCAACCCACAUCAUCUGAUCUUUUCAUUCCAUAUUUCCUCUGACUGGGUUCUUUUACUUCUUAUUGUGUGUCCACACCAUCUCAGCCUUGCUUCCCUCGCCUUCUCUGCAAAACCUACCACCCACGUCGUCUUCUCAUCUCUUCAUUCAGAAUGCCUCCAUCUCUUAUUAUUUAUCCGUAACAUCCCAGGCUUCCCUCACCUCUUCGGCAAAAUCCACCACCCGGGCCGGCAUCUUCUGAUCAAUGUAUUCAGAAUGCCUCGGUCCUGUUCUCAUAUGUUUUCAUCUUUUAUUAUGUAUCCGUAACAUCCAGGCUUGCUUCCCUUACCUCUUCGACAAAAUCUACCACCCGGGACCGCAUCUUCUCAUCUCUUCAUUCAAAAUGCCGCUGUCCUGUUCUCCUUCAUCUCUUAUUAUGUAUCCGUAACAUUCCAGUCUUGCUUCCCUCACCUCUUCGGCAAAAUCUACCACCUGGGCUGGCAUCUUCUGAUCACUUCAUUGAUAUAUGACCGGCUCUUCUCUGCAAUUUCUACCGCCCCACAUCUGAUCUCUUCAUCCAUAAUGCCAAUGACCGGCUCUCCUUUAUCUCUUAUUAUGUGUCCGUACCAUUCCAAUAUCUACCAACCCACACCUAUCAUCGUUCCUCAUCUUGUCUUACAGCGUAACCCUCAGGGAUCCACAUCAGGUCCACAUUUGAACAUUCGCAUCUCCGUCUUCAUCAAGUCUUCUUUUUUCAGCAUUGAUUAAGAUGCCCAGAUACUCGCUUCUUUCAAAAUCCUCUCGAAGCUGCGUGAUGUUGAACCAGUGUGCGGUAGAAGCAACGUCUUCGUUCCCCCACAUUGCAACUCUCGAGUUGCCACUUGUUCUUUCGACGCAGUCGUCUUUGUUACGGUGGCAUCUCUUACGUCGUCACACUUAGAUUAGUUGCCAACUUAGAUUAGUUCGGCCGGGAUACCAACCCUCGGGGCUCAGGUUAAUUCGGAGCAGUAAACAGUUCUAGUUUUAGAUCCAGCGCGAGCCGUGGCAGGAGCAAAAAUCGGAGUACUGUACCUUGCGAAAACCCACAAGGUUUGGUAUGACUCUUUUCAACAUGAAACUGAGGCGAAAUUUUGACCAGAGAGCUGUAUCUUGCAAUAAUUGAAUAAGCGCCCUGAAUUGAACCUUGUUGUCAAGGUGAACGCGCAUAUCAGCUGGUAUAUCAACUGUUAGAAUUUGCAAAACGGUUUUUUCAAAACUUUAUUCCAAAACGUUUUCCCCCAAUAAAUCACGGUCCCAGUAACCUAUUAUACACUUUAGGUUUGUGUGAGUAGACCCAUGUAUUGGCUCUGAGAAAGGGUUCCUGCGUUACAGCAAGUACGUGCAAAGGGGUUCUGUAUGGCACACCGAAAGAGGUCAAAAUAUUCGACUUUGUGGGGUUAUACUGUCUUUGAGCGUGGCUGGAUCUCGUUGUGUGUUCUUGUGGAUAUCUGGCAUGUUGUAGUCGGGUGCUUUCUAUGCCUGGUUUGCUGUAUGCUGCUGUGUAACACGAGUUUGGUGUCUUGGUUACCAACGAGGGCAGUAAACCGUCUCCAGAACACUUGUAUUUCUUGUCCGGUAUCAUUUUCUUGCCAGACCCCU